AUGACUGAUAAUAUAAUUGUUGUUGGUGGCGGUUUAGCUGGAUUAGCUGCAACUCUUGAAAUAUUAAAUCAUCAUGCAUCAAAUAAAGUGAUUUUAUUUGAAAAACAAAAAAAUUUUGGUGGAAAUUCUGCCAAAGCAUCAUCUGGUAUCAAUGCAUGUGAUACAAUUUUUCAAAGAAAUAAAGGAAUCGAUGAUAGUACUGAAGUAUUUAAAAUGGAUACUUUAAAAGCUGGUGAUAACACAAAUGACUAUGCAUUGGUUGAUUAUUUGGUACAAAAUUCUAAAGAUGCUUUACAAUUUUUAAUUGAUAAUAAUGUUAAAAUUGAUGAUGUUAAUUUGUGUGGUGGUCAUACAAUUCCAAGAACUCAUUGGGCCCAUUUAAAAGAAGGAAAAGCUAUUCCUAUUGGUUUUGCUAUCAUAAAAGCUCUUCAAGAUAAAAUUCUUGAAAUUAAAGAAAAACGACCAAAUGAUAUUGAAAUACAUCUUGAAUCAGAGGUUAUUGGAAUGACAACAUGGAAUGAAUAUGUAACUGGUGUUAGAUAUAGAGAUCCCACUAACCGUGACUCAAUUCUUGAAGUCAAUGGAAAAGCUGUUAUAUUAACUACUGGAGGUUUUUCAGCUGAUAAAAGUGAAGAUGAUUCAUUACUUAAAGAAUAUGGUAAACAUCCAUUAUUAGAACAUUUACCAACAACCAAUGGUGAUUUUGCUACAGGAUCUGGAGUUAAGAUAGCUCGUGCUAUGGGUGCACAACUUGUAGGAAUGGAAAAUAUUCAGAUACAUCCAACAUCUUUUGUUGAUCCUUCUAACAGAGAUGCAGGAACAAAAUUUCUUGCAGCUGAAGCACUUAGGGGUAAAGGAGCUAUCCUUGUAAAUUAUAAAGGAGAACGUUUUGCAAAUGAACUUGGUAGAAGAGAUUAUUUAAGUGAACAAAUUUUUAAACAUUGCAAUGAUAAAAAAUAUGAAAGAAUUGCUUUUAUGAUAAUUAAUAAUGAAGGUGCAGAAGGAUUUGGUCAACAAGCUUUUAAUUUUUAUUGGAAAGUUAAAAAGUUUUUUGAAAAAGUAGAGAAUAUUAAAGAACUAGCAAAAUUUAUUGGUUGUGAUGAAGAAGUUUUAAAAAAGACAUUUGAAAGUUAUAAUAAAAAUGUAGAUGGAAAAAAAGAUGAAUUUGGAAAAAUUGUUUUUCCUACCAAAUUUAAUUUGUCAGAAAAUUUGUAUGUUGCAAUGAUCACUCCAGCUAUUCAUUACACUAUGGGUGGUUUAAAAAUUGACACUGAAGGUAAAGUAUAUAGUGAUGUAACUAAAGAAACAAUAAAAGGAUUAUAUGCAGCUGGUGAAGUUACAGGAGGAGUUCAUGGAAAUAAUAGAUUAGCUGGAAAUUCAUUACUCGAAUGUGUUGUUUUUGGUAGAGCUGCUGGUAUCAGUGCAUUAACAUUAAAUUAUGGACAUAAUGAAUUGUAG